UGUAUAGGGAGCAUAUUGUAAUUUUUUUUUUUUGAAGGGGUCGAGGGUCCACCACCACUUCACCGAGACUAAUUUUAUUCUACGGUUAAAAGAUAAAUGUAUAAUGUCCAUAAACUGAAUGUAAAAAAUUGAGAGACAAUGUAUUUUGUGGACAAGAGCUGAUAAUUCAUCAGCCAUCCCCCUCGCCAGUCUCCACCGCCUUCUCCAUUAACGCUCUCUUGCCACCAAUCUAUAGCCAAACCCCAAGAUGUGGAUUCCAUCUGUGAUGUCUUGUUGCAGCCAUGGACCUAACUCCCUCUUGAUAAAGGGAAACGAAAAGCAAGGAGAAAGCCAAAACCCAGUUGUUUUAAAGCAAGAGGAGGUGAAGCUCGUUAAGAGCUUGGCUCUACCUUUAAUGGCUGGCCUUGUAGCCUUAUCUCCCAUUGUCAACACCCCAGUGUCACUAGGACAAACCCUAGAUGUACAAAGAGGAGCCUCAUUGUUUAGCCGCACUUGCAUUGGCUGUCAUGAUGCUGGUGGAAACAUAAUUCAACCCGGUGCAACGCUCUUCACAAAGGACCUACAGAGGAAUGGAGCAGACACUGAAGAAGAAAUUUAUCGCAUAACAUACUUUGGCAAAGGGAGAAUGCCUGGAUUCGGUGAGAGGUGUACUCCAAGAGGACAGUGCACAUUUGGACCACGGUUGCAGGAUGAAGAGAUUAAGCUCUUGGCUCAAUUUGUGAAGUCACAAGCAGAUCAAGGCUGGCCAAACAUAGAAAUUAGUCAAGAUUGAUUCUUGUAAAGAAAAAAAAAUUAUGCCCAAGUGCCCGAAACCAUCGUGUCUGAGCUAUUCCAUCCAUAUCUCAUUAUGGAUCAAACCCAUUUUAAAUUAAGUUACAAAUUGAUAGUUUUCAACCCCUGCAAUGAUUUUUUUUUCCUUCCUUUUU